AUGAACCGCUCGGGCACUGUUGAGUUUCGCUCGAUCGACCUUUUCCCGGCUAAGGUCACGACCAAGUUGCCCAAUAUCGCUAACGAUUUUUCGGACGUGUCUUUAUCGGACGAUAGGUUUAUCAAACGGUCGACAAUGCCGAGGGAGAUUAAAAUUUCGGUGUUUUCGAGGACGGACGAGAGGUUGUGUAGUGCGGUUAGGCACGUUUUUUUGGUCAUGAUGCAACAUGAAGUUGUUGAAUCGAGAAUGGAGAGUAGAGUGGGAACGAUUUUCGACGAGUCGAGGGAGAAUUUGCUCUUGGCGAGAGAUGAUAUUGACGAGAGGAGAUGUGCGAGUUCUUGUUUGGAUUUUUCGUCUAAGGCGUUUAUGUUGUUUGGUAAUCUUGAUAAGAGUCCUGCCUCCACCAUUAGAGCCUUGUUCCUGAAAGAUAAUGGAUAA